GAUGUUUGUCUUGUUUGCGUGUGUGAGUGAUGUCACGGAUGUGUCUCCGCCAUUGAAAUUCAUUUUAGCCGAGAAUUGAAAUAGGUUGUACCUUUCAUAAUCGGCAAAAAUCUGCUUAAUCUUUCUUCUUUAACGUAUUCUAUUUAGUCAUAUUCCGUGCACAAACAAUAUAUCCAAUGGCAGACAGAGACACAGAUGAGUUAAACAUCGAUAAUGUAAUAAAAAAAUUACUAAAAGUACGAGGUGAGAAGCCUGGUAUGAAUGUACAGCUGACAGAAAUUGAAAUCAAAGGGCUAUGCUUGAAAUCGCGGGAAAUAUUCUUGUCACAACCGAUAUUACUUGAAUUAGAAGCCCCCCUCAAGAUAUGCGGUGACAUCCAUGGACAGUACUAUGACCUGCUAAGACUGUUUGAAUACGGAGGUUUCCCACCAGAGUCAAAUUACCUGUUCCUCGGAGACUAUGUGGACCGUGGGAAACAGUCCCUGGAGACCAUUUGUCUACUGCUUGCGUACAAGAUCAAAUAUCCUGAAAACUUCUUCCUUUUAAGAGGCAACCAUGAGUGUGCUAGCAUCAAUAGGAUUUAUGGUUUCUACGACGAGUGCAAACGGAGGUACAACAUAAAGUUAUGGAAAACGUUCACAGACUGCUUCAACUGUUUACCUGUCGCUGCGAUAGUGGACGAGAAGAUCUUCUGCUGCCACGGCGGCCUCUCCCCCGACCUGCAGGCCAUGGAACAGAUCCGGCGGAUCAUGAGACCCACUGACGUACCCGACCAGGGUCUUCUAUGCGAUUUGCUCUGGUCCGAUCCUGAUAAGGAUACUGCUGGAUGGGGCGAGAACGACCGUGGAGUCAGCUUCACUUUCGGUACAGAGGUGGUCGGCAAGUUCUUAUCGAAGCACGAGUUCGACCUGAUCUGCCGAGCGCAUCAGGUCGUCGAGGACGGCUACGAGUUCUUCGCCAAACGGCAACUGGUUACUUUGUUCUCGGCGCCUAACUACUGCGGAGAGUUCGACAAUGCUGGUGCGCUGAUGUCGGUGGACGAGACGCUGAUGUGCUCGUUCCAGAUCCUGAAGCCGGCCGACAAGCGCAAGCUGUACUCGGGCCUCAACAUGGGCCGCCCCAACACGCCCCCGCGCGCACAGCCCAAGAACAAGAAGAACUAAACGUUCUUCGCCACGCCAGAGUCAACACACGGUGACUUGCAUGGACUCCCAACUAAAAUACCACCUACAUUUUUAUCAAUACUUAACAGAGAUGGGCUUGCGCCUGGCCGUAAACUGAGCGUACACGUUUUCGACCGGGCUUUAACCAUCUCUGGUGCUGACUUAUCUGACGAUUCUUACCGAAAUCACGCGGCCCAAUCGUGCUUCGUGAUAUGUUUUAAUCUAAAUCACCUUAUAUGUUGUCUUAUUUCUUUCAAUGUCAAAUAUUUGAGUUGGACAAAACAUAUUUUAAUUUCAAUUAAUAGGGCAGUUUGUUAAAAUUUUUACUUAGUUAAUUUUGUAAAGCCCGAUUGAUGGUUUGACAUCGUCUAGUUAUUAGAAUAGGUAAUGUUUGUUUGUUUUUAAAGAGUAAUCAAAACAUUACUACAUUUAAACAUAUAUUUCCCAAGUAUAUUUGAUGUGAAUUAGUCGGUUUACACGUAUUACAAUUUUUAGCCGUCCAUAUCGUGUGAUGUGAAGCCAUCGAUUGCAAAAGUGUUUUCACCAAAAAAAAAUAUCGGUCUUAUAAGACUAAAUUAAAAAUACACUAAACCACAGAUCUACGUAACGUAGAUUCGUCAGAUAUGCCAGUCAGAUUACCCAUAACGUGGACGUCGAAGCCUCGCACUCAAAUUGUCCGCUUUAGAACGCUUCCAGAAAAUGUGACGACGUAUGUCGCUUCCAUAGUAGCUUGGAGUUUGAGCUGCGACGUUGGCAACAUUGCUCUUUGAAACUACCAUUUUUACAGCGCCUUUGGGGUAACGAACGUUUCCAACGCGAAAAUUCUAAUUCAAUCUUUGUGUUGGAAACACGAUUGACAACUUUAAAACAUAUUUAUCGGUUUCACUGAAUUGAUUUUUAAUUGUUUUGACUGGCAAAGUCAGUGUGUAGAUUAAAAAUCAAGUUUGUGAUACCAUUCAAUAUAAAUAAUAAAUAAUAUCUUUCUCAGUAGCAGUAGAAUGAUUUUGAAAAGGAGUGAAUGAUAAUUUGACAUUUAAUUUUUAAUAAGGUAUCCUUAUGUAUAUGUAGUAAAAUUGUCAAGCGUUGCCCAAACAUCGACAUUUAGUAAGAAAAUAGCAGUGUUUCCAGUCUGACGACGUACACAUUUGUUUAUACUAUUUCACUUUUGUAUAAUUUUUAAAUUAUGAAAUUUUAGCAAUCAAGUAUAUACCAGAGUUGUGUUGCCCGCUCUCUUAUAUUGGUCACAGUUUUGACGAGAUUUCUCAACUCGCUUGUUUAAACAAUUGCUGGAACGAUUGUAGUCCGAUAUGGUACAAUAAUACCACUGUAUUGUCCUUCUCUUGAAAUGUUAUGAUUUAUUUAAUAACAUUCAUAAUGAAAUUAUUUCUAGAUGUCACUUUAGUUAAUGUUAUUUUCUAAAUUGUCUUAUUGUGUGUUUUAUAUUAUGAUGCAAAAUGUAAAGAAUUUCAAUGUAAAAGAUAUAGAGGAAGGAAAAUUUUAAGAAUUAUUACAAUCACAUAAAUAUUCUUGUACCACGGUGACUAACACCGAAUCAAACAGCGAAAAUUCUAAACACAAUCAUGUUUUCUGUGCAAACAAUAGUAUUUAGUAACGACUCGUUGACGACGUUUUAGUCGCUCGUGUGUAGAGAGAUUAUAUGUAAAAAAACAAUGUCGCCAUCAGUAGUAACUGCCAGUGUUGCGUGUAGUGAUUAUUAUUUUUUAUUUAAUAUUUGAAAUGAGCACGGACUGUUAAAACUUGAGAAUUGCGCAUGACAAGGCGAGAUGAUUGCUUGCUGCCCCUUUCUGUCAUCUAAUUAUUUUUAAAAAGGAGAAUCAACAAAAACAUCGAGUCCUUUGUCUCAUUUCGAACUGGGACUAAGGGUGUCCACUGUGUGACGCGUAGUCUUAGCUUGUGUUCAUUCUGUCGCAGUCGCACGCCUUAAGUGUGAUGAAAUUAGGUGCGACUCGUCUCUCUCUCUCUCUCUCUCAUCAGAACGUGCUACCGGCUACAUUCUCGUUAAAACCCCCCCAAGUUGUUGUUUGAAGUGUGUAAAAUGUUGCUUUUCUUAAAAAGUAAACAAAUAUUUAAAAUUAUCAUUUUAUUUACUCUUUAAACAUGCGCAGUCUAAAAGUUAAAUAGUCUGUGGUAAUAGGGCAGUUUAGUAUUGGCUCUGGGAUUCCCUGUGGGCGUUUUGUAUAUGUGGACGAAUGAUUAUGAAUGCUACAGAAUAUUGUAUCUGAAUGUUGUAUGGUUGCCUGUUGCGUACGCUUGUGUUGUAUUCGAUAUCCGAAAGUUACGUAAGAUGGCGCUACUCAUCGGUAGUGUUGAGCUUAGCGUUUAGUUGUUUGCAUUUGGCUGAAGUAUAAACAUUUAUCAAAAAUGUAAUAUAAUGUAGUAACUUAAUUUAAGAUGAUACACAAUGCUGUAAAAUGUUACAUAACAUCUGUUUUGAUAAAUUAUUACUUAAGUGUGAUAAAGACAACAAGUGUUAUGUGGCGUCAAGCCAAAUCGCGCCUAAAUACUAUGUAACAGCCUUACACAAAACACUAAACGCUUGGCUUUAAUAAUUUACUCUGUAUAAUUGACAUUGACAAUAGCCGACUUUGACCUAUUCUAUCUUUCUCCCUCGCAUGCCUUUAUUUGGAUUGCCAUCCCACUCACACAGUUCUUGUUGAUACAAAUGUUAUGUGCAAAUAGGUCGAUGCCAGUUGUUGUCAAACAGAGUCGAUAUUCGCUCGACAGGAAAUGUCAAAAUCGAAAAUCGUUUUACAAACGUAGCCAAUAUAUUUGUUGAUUUAAUUGUUAACGCAAAUGUGCGUUGUUUAUAUAAAUUAAUUUAGGAAUACAACCGAUGAGACGCGCCAUUUUUUUUUAAUUUAUAUUAAUGACAGACAAAAUAUGUAAUGAUAAUAUUGGAAGUAAUAACUCCUUUAUAAGAAAUAAGUAGUAAGCAUAAGUAUUGUGAAUGACAGGUAGAUUGUUCUGUGCGGGAACGCCAUCCGUCUAUGGGCGAUGGAGAUCGUGCGACGGAAUAAGUGCAGUGGCAUUAUGAGGAACUAUCAAUAACAGAUAGGCGACGUUGCUGUUUUCAGCGACAGUAGCGCCACGUCUUGUUUCGUUGUGCGGACUUUACAUGAUGUAAACAGCUUGCGACUUUAUUGAUUGCGACCUAUCGAUCAAAGUAAUGUAUAAUUUGUUUGGGAGCAUUUCUGAUAGUUCACGUUCGAAAAACUAAAGCCACUGCUCAAAGCGUGUUUAAAACUCAAUAUUGCUUGAAAAAGUCAUAUGAAAAGUUAUGACUAAUUUAUGAACUGAGCAGAAUAAUUUAAUGAAAUAAUAAAAAAGCAACGUGUUAUAUAUAGUUAUAUACUAUAUACUAAGACAUAUGAAAUUAAACAAUAUACUUCACCACAUUGAUCGAACGCAUGUAUAGUGUUGAACAGUUAAAAAGAAUAAAAAUACAUUUGUUAGCUCCGUGUGGAUAAGAAUUUCGAACGUGACUCUAAAAUGUUGCCAUAACAAAAAAAAAGGUCGCUUUACACUCGCCAAAGCCGAAAUAUAGCAACACAUUACGCUACAGUCUAGACUGACAUGCAUGGCCUGAGCCUUUCAGUUGAAUCAGUGAUUAAUUGAUGUAUGAACAAGAGAAUUGUAUAUUAAUUUCGUAAAUAAAAUUCUUUCUGAAAA